AUGGGGCUGUGCAAGUGCCGGGUGGUGACCUCGCUGUUCUGCUUCCAGCACACAGAGAACGUGUGCGAGAACUGCAUCGUCAAGGACCACAGAAAAUGCAUGAUCAAGUCGUACUUGCAGUGGCUUCAGGAUGCCGAUUUCACCACAAAGUGCACCUUGUGUCAACAAGAAAUCGACAACGGCGAAGACACCAUCAGAUUACCUUGCUACGAUGUGUUUCACAUCAGAUGCAUCAAAAACUACGUGCUGAGCCAUGCCGCGUCACUGGCAGACGCAGACCUCAAAUGUCCACAAUGCCAUGCCGUGAUGGUGCCGGAUGCACACAACAUGUCGCCAGUGGCUAAGGAGGCCAGAGAGCUCUUGCAACCCAUCCUGGCCAAGCGAGGGAAACCAAAGGAGGCGAGCGUGAUAUCCAUGCCGCAAGGCAGCACGGCAGCAGCACCUGCAGCGGCUGUGCGAACAGCGUCGCCACCUCCCCAGCACAAAAUCACAACUUCGGGGCCGUCCCACCUCUCGCCCAUGAAGCGCAG